AUAUCAACGAGUGUGAAGAGGAGCCCAACAUCUGCCUUUUCGGGACAUGCACCAAUACCCCUGGCAGCUUCCAGUGUGUCUGCCCUCCAGGCUUUGUGUUGUCUGAUAACGGCCGACGGUGCUUUGAUACUCGCCAGAGCUUCUGCUUCACUCGCUUUGACAACGGAAAGUGCUCUGUCCCCAAGGCCUUCAACACCACCAAGGCUCGGUGUUGCUGCAGCAAGAUGCCAGGAGAAGGCUGGGGAGACCCCUGUGAGCUGUGCCCUCAGGAAGGAAACGUUGCCUUCCAGGAGCUGUGUCCAUAUGGCCAUGGAGCCAUCCCAGGUCCAGGUGACACCCGAGAAGAUGUUAAUGAAUGCUCAGAGAACCUGGGUGUCUGCAUAAAUGGGGCCUGCAUUAACACUGAUGGGUCAUUCCGCUGCGAGUGCCCCUUCGGGUACAACCUGGACUACACAGGAGUCAACUGCGUGGAUACUGAUGAGUGCUCCAUCGGCAACCCAUGUGGGAACGGCACCUGCACCAACGUGGUGGGAGGCUUCGAGUGUUCCUGUGAUGAAGGCUUCGAGCCCGGUCCCAUGAUGACAUGCGAAGAUAUCAAUGAAUGCGCACUGAAUCCCCUGCUCUGUGCCUUCCGCUGCAUCAACACCUUUGGCUCCUAUGAGUGCACCUGCCCAUCUGGAUACGCCCUCCGAGAAGACAGAAGAAUGUGCAGAGAUCUGGAUGAGUGUGCAGAGGGACUGCAUGACUGUGAGUCUCGAGGGAUGCUGUGCAAGAAUCUCAUUGGCACCUUCAUGUGCAUCUGCCCACCAGGAAUGCAACGCAGGCCCGAUGGAGAGGGCUGCACAGAUGAGAAUGAGUGUCGCACCAAGCCUGGAAUCUGCCCCAAUGGCCGCUGCAUCAACACAGUGGGAAGUUACCGCUGUGACUGCAAUGAAGGUUUUGAAGUCAGCCCCUCUGGCACAGAGUGCAUUGACACUCGCCAGGGAUUCUGCUUCACUGAAGUACUGCAAACCAUGUGCCAGAUGUCCUCCACCAACCGCAACCUGGUCACCAAAUCUGAGUGCUGCUGUAACAGUGGGCGCAGCUGGGGCCCCCAGUGUGAACUCUGCCCCCUUCCUGGAACCACCCAGUACAAGAAAAUGUGUCCUCAUGGGCCAGGGUACUCCACUGAUGGGAGAGACAUCGACGAGUGCAAGGUACUGCCCAACCUCUGCAAGAAUGGACAGUGCAUCAACAGCAUUGGCUCCUUCCGCUGCCACUGCAGGCUGGGCUACACUGCGGAUAUCACAGGCACAGCCUGUGUGGAUUUGGAUGAGUGUAACCAGUCCCCUAAGCCAUGUAACUUCAUCUGCAAGAACACAGAAGGCAGCUACCAGUGCUCCUGCCCCAGAGGGUACAUUCUGCAAGAAGAUGGGAAGAUCUGCAAAGACUUGGAUGAAUGUUCCACCAAGCAGCACAACUGCCAGUUCCUCUGUGUGAACAUUAUCGGAGGAUUCAACUGUAAAUGCCCCCCAGGCUUCACUCAGCACCACUCAUCGUGCAUUGACAAUAAUGAGUGCACAGCUCAGCCCUCUCUGUGUGGAGCCAAAGGACAGUGUCUGAACACGCCAGGCAGCUACAACUGUGAGUGUCAGAAAGGAUUCUCCCUGGACAGCUCUGGUGUCAACUGCGAAGAUGUGGACGAGUGUGAUGGAAACCAUCGGUGCCAGCAUGGCUGCCAGAAUGUGCUCGGAGGCUACCGCUGCGGCUGUCCACAGGGUUACGUGCAGCACUACCAGUGGAAUCAGUGUGUGGAUGAAAAUGAGUGUUCCAGCCCCACUGCCUGUGGCUCUGCCUCCUGCUACAACACUCUGGGAAGUUUCAAGUGUGUCUGCCCGUCUGGCUUCGAUUUUGACCAAGCCUUUGGUGGGUGCCAGGAUGUGGAUGAAUGCUCAGCAGGCGGCAGCCCCUGCAGUAAUGGAGGCUAUCUCUGCGGCUGUCCUGGAGGUUACUUCCGAGCAGGACAAGGACACUGUAUUUCUGGCUUGGGUUUUGGGAAAGGUUCCUACCUUCCUGCCCCCCAAGAAGAGGAUGAAGACAACCUGCUCUCCCCUGAAACCUGCUAUGAGUGCAAGAUAAAUGGCUACCCCAAGAGGGGUCGGCAGCGACGCAGUGUCAAUGGCACUGAGAAGCACCAGGAUCACACUGUGAACUUGGCCAGCAUGGAUGUGGAUGCUCCUCUGUCCAUGAUGCUGAACCUCUCUGACCUGGCUCACAAGGAGCACAUCCUGGAGCUCCUGCCAGCUGUGGAGCCCCUGGAGAACCGUGUGCGGUACCUCAUCUCCCACGGGAAUGAGGAUGGUUACUUCCGCAUCCACCAGAAAGAGGGGCUUAGCUACCUGCACCUCAGCCGCAAGAAAAUAGUGCCUGGCACCUACCUGCUGGAAAUUGUGAGCGUGCCCCUGUACCGCAAGAGGGAACUGCAGAAACUAGAGGCCAAGAACCACCUCAACUACUUAGCAGGGGAGCUGGGCCAAGCACUGAGGAUGAAGCUCCAGCUCCAACUCUACUAA